CGGGCCUGUUGUGAUGAGGGACCUCAGUUUUGUGAGAGUUCGUAGAAUUUCACCGAAUUUCUAAUGAUUCGGAAGGCGCUAUUAUUAGCGAUGGUUUUGGUAGGAGUUCGGAACGAACCACAAGGUCCAGCUUAUCUUCCGCCUAGUUCUCGACCAGGAGGAGGUGGAACUGGUCAUCCGGAUGAAUGGGCUGGUGAUCCGGCAAACUACGAAUUCUCAUAUGAAGUUCAGGAUGCGGGAGCGAGUCUGGAUUUUGGCCAUCGUGAAAUGAGAAAAGAUAUGGAAGCUACUGGUACUUAUCACGUGCUGUUGCCGGAUGGUAGAACUCAGAUCGUCGACUAUGUUGCUGACCAGAAUGGCUAUCGACCGAUGGUGCGGUAUGAAGGAACUGCUACUUAUCCCGCACCGGGCGGACCAGGUCACGACGAAGGCUACAGAUAUUAAGAUCGUUACAUUUUUUGUGGUAGAAAAUCAAUGUUUAAUAAUGGUAUAGAAAUAACAAACGUAUCACGAUCGAGUUAUGCAAUUUACCAAAUACUGAUAAUAACAGAUGAUCCUUGAAUAGAGCAACAAUGGUAUAAUAUAAUGAUACUUUCAUCGUGACAAUUACAA